CUUGAGAACAGUAAGGUUGUCGUUCUUACGCUCCUCCUCCGAUCCACUGGAUGUUACAGAGCUGCUGGUUUCAGCCGCUCGGGUCACACGUUCAGACGCGCAAUGGAAUCUCCGGUCCGGCUUCAAUUCAGUUCAAUGAGUUUACCUUAGCUAGCUAACAACUAGCUAGCCAGGUUAAAACUAACAGCUUUACGUCCUUUAAUCUAAAUUUAUUUUAUUUUAGUUCAACAAAAGUUGUGUACCUCGGAAAAGAAAAACAAAACUUCAAAACAUCUCUAGCGCUAUGCGAUGAGAAAGCAAAGCGGGUGCAUGGGUCCGUAAAUCCAGCUCGCUGUUCGGCCUGCACUGCGAUUCUUUCGGAAAAUAAGGUAGAGAAGAAGUUCAUUUUAAGUGGGACAGUUCGAUCGCCGCUGGACUUGUUGCCCCGGUUCUGGGGGCAGCCAAUUUCAGCGGUGGAGAAUGACGUUGGCCAGCACGAGGAUAUGUCGUCACUCAGCUAGUGGGUGCUGCUUCAGUAUUUGAGUAGGUCUGAAGUGUCAUGUGACCCGUAUCCUGUAUGAAGAUGAGUGAAGAGGUGCAAGCCACAGUGGAGUUCUCCGUGGAGCUCCUCAAGUUCUACAAUGUGGAUCUGUUCCAGAGAGGGUUUUAUCAGGUACGGGGCAGUUUGAAAGUGCCACCGCGGAUCCCUCACAAGAUAGACGCCAGCCUGCUGCAGCCGGCAGCUUCAGGCUCAGACCUGGCCUUCCCUCCCUCAGUCCACGACGAUGUCAUCUAUAGCAAGACCUUCCAGAUCCUGUACAAGAAUGAGGAGAUCGUCCUCAACGAUGUCCUCAUUUUCAAAGUCAAGAUGCUGCUGGACGAAAACAAGGUCGAGGAAUCGCUGAGUGAAAUGGACUUCCAGCUGUCUCUGGACCUGCACUUCACCGACGGAGACUACUCCCCGGAGGACCUGAGCUCCCUGCACCAGAUCAGCAGCCGCGCCCUCCACCUGCACUUUAGCCCCGCCCAGGGCAUCCACCAGCACGUCAGCGUCAUGUUCGACUACUUCCACCUGUCGGCCCUGUCCGUCACCGUGCACGGCUCCCUGGUGGCCCUGCACCAGCCCCUCAUCAGUUUCCCGCGGCCUCCGAAGGGCACCUGGCUGAACCGCAACCCGCCGGCGCAGAGCCGGGAGUCGGCGGUCCCCGAGCUGGAGAGCGUGGUGUUCGGCAGCGGCUACCUCCGCGAGCUCUCCCCGGAGGGCUGCAGGUUCACGGUGUCGGACCAGUGCCUGCAGCACGCGUACAGCCUGCACCAGCGGCUGGUGCACACCCUGCUCCUGGCCUACCAGGGCCUGUUCGGCUACUUCACCAGCGUCACCAGGGACCUGCCGUCCUCCCACCGCAAGGAGCUGGCCAAGACCAGCAUGCAGGUCCUGUACGAGAGGGUUCUCCGAAAAUCCUACCCCCGGGACCAGCCGCUCCGCUGCAUCGAGAAAACGGACGUGGAGGCCCGGCUUGCUGAACUGUGCGACCAAGUGAAGAAAGCCCAGCGGCCGGACGAGUUGGCGGAGCUGGUGAACAUGAGCCUGGCGCAGCUGUGCUCCCUGCUCAUGGCGCUGUGGGGGCAGUUCCUGGAGGUGGCGACGCUGCAGGAGGACAUCGCCGCCCUGCUGGCCCUGGAGCACCACACACUCAGGGUUCGAAGGUUCGCGGAGGCGUUUUUUUGCCUGGAGCACCCGAGGCAGAGCGCGCUGGCCUAUCAGGAGCUGCAUGCUCAAAGCCACCUCCAGAUGACCGCGGCCAUCAAGAGCUCCGCCUACUUCCUGUCUCUGCCCCCGCUGCCCGUGGAGUGUGCCGAUCUGGACGGUGAUGUCACUUCCUUGCCCAUAAUCUUCGAGGACCGCUACCUGGAGUCGGUCACCGAGGACCGUAACGGACCAUGGCAGGGCGCGGGCAGUUCUCGGGGCCGGGCGGCUUUGGGGGCCCCCGGGGGCCCCGGGAAGAAGGCGGGGACGGAGUCCCCCAAGAGACCCACGGGGCGGCACACUGAGGGUUCUGGGACGCCGGUGGUUUCUUCAGCCCGAAACGAGGGGGAGGGGCCACGGCGGGACGGCGGCACGCCCCCGACGGCCUCCAGGAGCCACCCGAGGACUCACAGAGAGCCGGAGGCCACGCCCUCUCCCGCGAAGCCCCACCCCGUCUCUGUCACCGCCGGUCUGGAAGCACAAAACAGCCCAGGGCCCCAGGGACCCGGUCCGGCCACCCCAGACACGAGGCAGGGGGCUCAGCCUGCACCCCUCCCCCAAAACGCACCCCCGGGCGCCCACACCAGGCACAUCGAGGUUAAGCCCAGCACCAGCGACCCCUAUCGGGGGGAGGAGGUCACCGUCAUCCUGGCUCACCAGGCCGACGGGACCCCCAGGAAGGAGGCUCCCGAAACCUCGCUGGGGGGCCCCUCUGGGGGUGGGGCAGGGAGGGAGGGGGUGGGCGCGUCCCCUAAGGGGAGCCCCCUGGUGGCACUGGGUGUCCUCUGCACUUCCUGCCUGUCGGACUCCGGUACGGACGGUGUGCCCCGCCAAGGCAUGGAGCCCCCCGGCCCUCCCAUUGGCUCCCUGGCUGCCGACUGCGGCAGUGGGGGAGGGCCCGAGAACUCCAGGGGCGGGGCACUCGCCGGAGACUCUGUAGCCACGCCCCCCGGAAACGGCCCCUCCCCCGGCUGCGAGAAUGCCGCCACUCCCCCUGAGCACACUGCCGUCGGAGAGCAUCUGGCCCCGCCCACCGACUCCAUCGCCUCGGCAACCACCACCACCAGCAGCAGCAGCAGCGACAGCGUGGGGCGAGGCCUGGUGGAGAACUACUUCUGCUCGCGCUCCAGCACCGACGUCUCCGAGGCCAGCCCCCUGGAGCUGGCCGACAUCGCCGUGUCCAUCCCCCCGGGGCCGGGGGGGCCCGAGGGGGGGGCGGGGGGGCCCGAAGGGGGGCCGGGGGAGCCCGAGGAAGAGCCCGAGCUCGAGAUGAUCGAGAACGGCUACCACGAGGAAGACGGGGGCGUGGCCUACGUCAACGGGGUGGAGGAGGGCGCGGGGUUCGCCGACAUGGGGUGCGGCGGGAACAGGUGGAGCCAGCUGCUGAGCCUGGAGCAGUUCUGCGAGGGGGCGGUCCUGCUGGAGGGCGCCGCCCACCGCCCCUCCCUCCCCUCCGGCCUGGGCCGCUCCCAGAGCAGGAGGGGCUCCUCCCGCAAGCUCCUCCCCCUGGCCCACACCUCUGUGCGCUGGUACGAGAGUGCCCCCGCACCACAGAAGAACACGUUCAUCCAGGCCAGGGAGAGCCUGCAGCUGCUGAACCUGCCCGGCUUCCUGUACAGCGAGGCUGCAGAGCUGGCCUCCAGGGUCCCCUACUUCAUCGGGGAGGAGGACCAGGGCUCUGACGAGGGCGUGCAUCUGGUGGUCUGUGUCCACGGCCUGGAUGGUAACAGUGCGGACCUGCGGCUGGUGAAGACCUACCUGGAGCUGGGCCUGCCCGGGGCUCACAUCGACUUCCUCAUGUCCGAGCGCAACCAGAACGACACCUUCGCCGAUUUCAACGCCAUGACGGACCGGCUGCUGGAGGAGAUCCUGCAGCACAUCCGGCUCUACCACCUCACCGUCUCCAGGAUCAGCUUCGUGGGCCACUCCCUGGGGAACCUGAUCGUGCGCUCGGUGCUGACCCGGCCCGGGUUCCGCUGCUACCUGAGCCGGCUGCACACCUUCCUGUCGCUGUCCGGCCCUCACCUGGGCACCCUGUACAACAGCUCUGCCCUGGUCAACACCGGUCUGUGGUUCAUGCAGAAGUGGAAGAAGUCGGGCUCCUUGCUGCAGCUGACGUGUCGUGAUCACACAGACCCUCGGCAAACCUUCCUGUACCAGCUCAGCCAGAAAGCAGGUCUGCAGUACUUUAGGAAUGUGGUGCUGGUGAGCUCCCUGCAGGAUCGCUACGUUCCCUAUCACUCCGCUCGCAUCGAGAUGUGCAAACCAGCCCUGAAGGACCGGCAGUCCGGUCCAGUGUACACAGAAAUGAUCCAGAACCUUCUUUUGCCGGUUCUGCAGAACGGGGACUGCAAUCUGGUACGCUAUGACGUGGAGCACGCCCUGCCCAACACCGCCAACUCCUUGAUCGGGAGGGCCGCCCACAUCGCCGUCCUGGACAGCGAGGUCUUCCUGGAGAAGUUCUUCCUCGUGGCGGGCCUUAAAUACUUUCGCUAGCUUCACCCCGCCCUCCUCUGUGAAGUGGGCGGAGCUCGUGGGCGGAGCCAUUACCUCACGUGUCCAGAUAAAAAGAACUCGCAAAUAUUCUCUCCAGUUCAUUUACCAAGUUUCAAAAGUAUUUAUAGUUUUAUAUGGGAGGCGAAAGAAAAUACCAAUUUUUUACUAGACGAUUUGUGGAUGCGCGGUUCGUUUCAUUUCCCAAUUUACUGCCUUUUUUAGGUCGUUGCAAGUCAUUUACUGCACAUUCGUACCAGUUAAAUCGUUUUACUCGGAAUAAAAAGACUGAUUUGUCGUUUUUAAGAGCAACGCUGCUGAAGAAAAGUAUUUUAAACUGAAUCAUCUCUUUUAAAGGGGCAUUUUUAUACCCCUCAGAAUGAAAAAGCAUUUGCUUGAUCUCAAAACAGUUUCAUACACGCUGUGACAGAUAUUUUUCUGUGUAGUUUUUUUACAAGAAGGGGAAGCACUUCCUGUUUUCUGUCUAAUUUUGUACGAGAAGGCGAAGAACUUCCUAUUUUCUGUGUGGUUUUUUUUACGAGAAGGGGAAGCGCUUCCUGUUGUCUGUGUAGUUUUUUACGAGAAGGGGAAGAGCUUCCUGUUUUCUGUGUAGUUUUUUACGAGAAGGGGAAGUGCUUCCUGUUUUGUAGCCAAAGCCAAUACCGAGCUGCAGUGGACCUGGUUUCUGCCUCUCGGUACUGCAGGCUUUGCUCUGGACUUAUCCAGAAUGUUCUGGCCACACAAACGGGCCGGGGUACUGCAGAAACGCAACACUACAUCAUCAACGCACACUUAGGGUCGAAAAACGUCUUUUUUUUUUUUUCCUUCCUGUUUUGUAAAUGUGGGACAGUUUGUCCCUUUUAACACUAGAAAUGAUUUUAUAAAAUCGGUCAUUUCUCGAUACCCUUUCCCAUUAAAUAUUUUCUAAGCGAUUUUUACGUCUCAUCUCUUUUCUUUUAACCAACAAGUAAUAAUGUCUGGUUUUUUGGGAGAUUAUCGAAUUAUUUUUUUACCAUGAGAUUGGCUAAUUGUGCAAUAAUUAAAAGCGAUAAUGUACUUGAUUUGACGAGCUGCAGCCAAACUGCCACACUCUUGCAAGCUGUUAUGUCUACUUUGCCCUUAUCUUUAGCUUAUAGUCUGCUAAAAAUGUAGUUUGUGUUCUCCUGUAUUGUAAACAUCAACAUACACCAAACUCUGAACACCUCACUCUUCAGCAUCUGUUUCCACAACCCCACUGGAAAAACUGUAACAUUUCCCAGAAUGCUGCGCGGUUCUUUCAAGCCUGGAUAUGACCACGAACAGGAUGAAUCCACGUUUGUUAAGAUUGAAUGAGAAUGAUAAGCACAAUCAGUACUGCCUUUGGAAAAGGUUAAAUAUUUUUUUAUUCUGUUGAGACAUACUGCUUUUAAAGUGUCCGUUAAGCUAUGGGAUAAAGACAAGGAACAUUUUUUAUGUAAAUUGUUUCUUAAAUGAAAUUGCUGUUUAUUUAAAAUGUAAAUCACCAUGUUUUAAGCGAGUACCAUGAUCUUCAAAAGACCAAUACCGAAUCAACUUGCUGUGGGCUGUAUAAGAACUUUGGUGCUUUCAGAACUUAAAACAAAAGUAAAACAUUUUAAAUUUCAUCUUAAUAGACUUAAUUUUACAGUAUUUGUUUUAAGUUAUUCAUAUAUAACUAUUAUAAAAUUUGAAUUUUGGUUGCAGUGUCUGUUAAUUAAGGAGAGAAGCUAAACAAAGUGUUUCAAGAGCUUGUAUUCAAGAAAAUACCCAGAAAUGAAUUUGUCUGUCUGUGUCUGUCUGUCUACUUGCCUGUUGGUUGGUUGGUCAGUCGGUCAGUGGGCGGGGCAUUUUGGUCCAACAUUGAUGUCAAUAUCCUCAAAUUAAAGCUGACAGUCUGCACUUUA